AUGGGUCGAUUUCAUUUGCAAGCGCGAGUGGCACUUCCUUUGGCUGAUCCUGCGAAUGUAUCCCCUGCAUUGAGUCAAGGAACGUUUGAAGGAGAUACGCGCAAUCUCGACAAGCAGAAAUUUCCCGUGGUAAUAUUCAGUCAUGGACUAGGUGGUAACCGCCUCGGAUACUCUCAGUUUUGUGGUGAACUUGCUUCUCAUGGGUUUAUUGUUGCUGCUAUUGAACACCGCGAUGGUUCGGGUCUUGGAAGCUUUGUGUGGACAGAGGUGGACCAAUUGCUUUAUUCUAAAGACUCGCCGCUGGAUAAAAAGACGCAGAAGCGGCUUCGCAGGCUACGUGCAUGGGGCGCAGCUGAAUCUGUUUAUAAUAUGCCUAUCGGCGACGAUGGGGAGGAUGAUGCAACUGCGCGAAAUAAAGCCGACGAGCCACUGGGGAAAGAUAUGAAGAAUUUGCAGAACAUGUUUGCCAAGGUCCCGUAUCUUCCAUUCGAGAGCGUUGGGCUUGCAUCUUUUAUGGAUAAACAAGGUGAGAAAGAGACUGGGCUGCGUCAAGCGCAGCUGGCGAUGCGCGCUGCCGAAAUUGAAGAGAUGGUUUUUGUGCUGAACCGCAUCAACAAUGGUGAUUGCGAUUUUCUCGCGUCAUUACGCACUCGCAGUUUAGGAACCAGUCUUUGUGGCGCGAAAAAGUAUGGUGGCGCUCGCAAGCGCUUAAGCCUACCUCGCGUUACUGAGUUUUUUGCGAAAUGGAAGGGCCAGAUGGAUUUAAAAUUUCCGUCGCUCAUUGGCCACAGUUUUGGUGGUGCGACGCUGUUUGAGUACCUUCGUACGGACCAGGAACACUUUCAGUACGGUAUUGUGUUGGACCCGUGGAUGGAUUUUGUGCGCGACCCAGCAACGGAUAAAAGUGUGCGUGGCUGUCUGAACAAGCCAACUUAUGUCAUUAAUUCCGAAGGUUUCACGCUUUGGCGGGAACAUUACAACAAAUUGUGCCGUGUGCUUAUGGACGGUGUUGUGAAUGGUCAUCUAGACCGCGGAUGGCUUUUUACCGUCUCGGGCGCGAACCAUACCGACUUUAGUGACAUGCCAUUCUUACUGCCAGGCAUCUUUGGGUCGGCAUUGCCUGCCAAGGAUGCAAAUCGCACGAUUACAACGUUGACUAUUGAGCAAAUUAUUUCAUUGCGCCAGCAAAAGCAUUUGAGGCAAAUUGAAACAGGCAGCAUUCUUAACGAUCUUGGCACACACAAACAGAAUACCAAGAUGGGCGGUCUGCGCCUGAACGGUGAUCCAGACGGGCAAAAGCCCUCACAGAACGUGUUUAAUAAGCUGUAUUCUGCAGCGCUCCGAAGCAGGGGCAGUAAAAAGAAGAAUCCGUUUUUGUGGGAAUUGCGUGGAUGGAGAGAGGGUGGGGAGCGACGGCCGCACGGCCAUCAUCUAUCGAAAGCAUCGGGUGAUGAUAUGAAACGCGAGGGACGUACGUCAAGGAAUUCUGCAAGGGAAGAUACUUUCUCGGAGGUUUCUGUGCAGGGUAGCGGGGAGGAUUUAAAGCCACAGUUUAUUGAUCCUGUUCAACACAGUGAGGAUCAGCCGGACCCCUGGGAAGGUAUCGUGAUUGAUUCUGACGCUCGCCGUGUCUACGAUGUUUGGGAGAAACAAGUUUACCACAAACUAGGGCGGCGCUACCCCUACUCUAUGAUAACGUUUGCGCUAUGGCUUAUGGGAAUUCGCGGAGGUUUUGCAGUGGCCGGACAUGUGCUUGUACAUACAAUCUAG